GUUUAGUGUCCAUAGUGAAAAGGGCGAGGCAGUCAGUGUGCUACUGGGUAAGCCAUCAGUUGCACUUAGGAUCCUUACAAGACAGAGCAGCUUCUCAGGAUGGAGGCAAAAAAGGUAAAUGCCAGUAUUUAAUUUAUAAUCUAUUCCAAGAUAACAUGUUAGAAAGUGCAGUCACUAUUUUACAAUCUAUUCAAUAUAGAAAUGUACUGCAUGCUUUUGUGGAGUAAAACAUAUAGACGUGUAUUGUUAACUGGUUUACAUGAUUUGUUGCAGGCCUCAAAGGACUGUAUGUCAGACCUGGAGAGCAGCAUGAUCACUAUCAUCCGAAUUUUCCACAAAUACUCGGGUCAAAAAUGCAACCUGAAGAAAGCAGAGCUGAAGGAACUUAUCAACAAUGAGAUGAGUCAUUUCAUAAUGGUAGGUCACUGAAAACAAACUGGCAUGUUAUUUUUACACCUUCAAGUCUAAUGUUUGCGGUAUGUUAACUUAAAGAAAAUGAGCUCUUUAACAUUUUCAUGAUUGUGGCGACUUUAACACCAGUUUGCCACUGUUGAAUGUGCUUAGUGCUGAAUUAGCAAAUCAAAACUUUGCAGCAGCCCUCCUCGUGGGUUUCCGUGUCAGUUACUCCAUCCUUAACUUGACAGUCCAAUGCUGGAAUCAUUUCACCUUUCACUGGUCACACAUAUGCACAUGAGUUAAGUCGAUUUUGCCUCAGUCUGAGAUUUGACUUUGCACUGCAUAUUAUUUUAAACUUUAUGUGAAAAAGUCCAAGAAAAAAAAAAUUUCUCAAUACAUGCAUACUCUUCAAAAAAAUAUACUCCAUCCUUUCCCAACAUUACUGGUUUUACACAGCAAGAAAUGCAAAGACGCUGUCAGCAGGCAAACCAGAGUAGUAUUUUGACAAACGCGUCACCUCUUAGAAGGCACAACCAAAUAUGGUUUAAAAAUUCAGGGUGGCCGAGGAGAUUCCUGCCACUGGAGAUAUUUAAUCAAGUCUUACCUUUUCCUCAGUUGUUAUAGUUUUAGCAAAAGUGGACUUGUUUGCAGUCCAAGUGGUUUUGACAACAGAUGAAUGAGUUCAUGAUGAAUCAGGCUUUAGCUGUGCAGAAAGUUAAGAUGGGCCUAAUACAGGGGCUUGCAAUGCAACCCCAGAACACAGAACCGGACAAACCAGGGGUAGAUUAUCUUGCAGUGCAAACAUGCAGAAGUGACUUUUAGAUGGUCAUGUCACUUCGUAAGUUGUUACACAGAGAGUAAACCAACAAAAUAAAAGUUGUGGCCAGAAGUCCUCUCUUGUUAACGGCCUGUAUUACCAGGAAGCUGAAGCCACAUCAUCGUCAGCUAAAAUCAAAUAGGAUGCAACAGCAUUUCACUCAGUUUUCAUACUCAAAGACUUACACACAGCUUUUAACAGUGACAUCAAGGAUUAAAGUCAUCUGAUUAAAGCAAAGAACUUUGCCUUUUAGCUAAAAAUAAAUUAACUAUAUCUUCUUGUUUGACAGAAAAUUCAAGAGAAAGAAACUCUGGACAUGCUCUUUGCAGACCUUGACCAAAAUGGAGACCUGGAGAUCGACUUCAAAGAGUUUAUCUCCCUCAUUGCUAUGGUGACCUCUGCUUGUCAUGAACUUCAUCCCAAGUCUACUUGCUGAUAAGUUAGCAUGCAUGUGCAUGACAUAAUCAUGAAUGAAAGUUCAGCUAUCGCCAAUCGUGUAUCUUUAUGAUGUUAUUGACUGAGGAGCAUAAACAUUUAUGGCAUACAAAUAAAAUGUAAAAAUGAUAAGAGCAAAUUAAAAACCACAUACUUGUGAAU